GAGCUACAAUUAAGCAGGGGAACAUUUGCUAAGCGUCGACCAAACCGAGUCAUAAAAGUUAAGGUAGCAAUAACGAAUAUCUGAGGCUCGUCCCGACACGUUAAUGCACGCGUUAAUAUGUCAUUAGGACCAACAGUUGUAGCUCUGCGGUGUAGCUGACGACAGCUAGUGAUGGGUGACAGGAAAUAAGAAGAGCACGUAGCUACAGCGUGACUUUAAAAAGACUCAGACAUGGUAUAAUAAUGAUGUUUAGCCUGAAGUCAGAUGCUCUCUGUUGUUUAUUCAAACGGCUCCAUUCUUUGUAACGUAUCCCCGGCGACCAGCUGUCACGUGACCGAGCCGUGGACCGGUAAAGGUGGAGUAACCGUGUGUGAAACAAGGGGGGAGAAGAACCGUGUACCUGUGUUCACUGUGCUCAAUGUGUACUGUAUGAGCGGCCUUCAAGUUAAAAGUAAAGUUUGAUGUGCAGAAUAGACUGUCGCCCUGUGUCUGCUCCCAGCAUCACACACAAAGGAACUCAUCUGAUCUGCUAUUGUCUCUCAGCCCUCACUCAGCAGCUGGCUGCCUAUGUUUCCUGGGUGAACUCUCAGCUGAAGAGGAAACCAGGCCUGAAGCCUAUCACAGACCUCAGACAUGAUCUGCAGGACGGCGUGGUGCUCACACAACUGAUAGAGAUAGUUGCUGGGGAAGUGCUGGAGGAAGUGUAUGUUGCUCCACGAAACAAAGAGGAAAGCAGGAAGAAUGUGGAGCAAGUCUUGCAGUUCAUUUCCUCCAGACACAUACGUAUGCCACACAUAUCCGCAAGAGAUAUUGUCGACGGUAAUCUGAAAUCUAUUAUGAGGAUAAUUCUGGCGCUGGCUGCCCACUUCAAACCUACAGCCAAUCACAGGGCUGCCUCUGCAAAUGGGAGGGGUUUGACCAGGGGCUCUGCCAGCCACAACCCUCUCUCCACUGUUGCAUUAGCACAAGGUGCCGUUGCUGCACUGGCAUCAGCUCGACUCGAUGCCUCACAGCCUGCACGUACCACACGGAUCCACAGUGGCUGGGGGUUGGAUGUGGAAAAGAGUGUGUGUGUUCGUACAUUGGUUGAGCAGUAUGAAAGAGGAUCUCCAGAUGAGCAGGACAAUCCUCAGCUUAGCAGCCUCAGCUCCGUCAGUCCGCUGUCAUCUCCGAGAGAGAGAGCUCCACCCAGCAGCCACUCGGACAGAUCGCAGGAGGACCGCCAGCAACAGGAGAUCAGCGCUGAAUCGCCUCAUAUUGCAGUGGAGACGGCGUGGGAGGAUUCUCUCAGCGAAGCUUUGGAGAAGGAGGUGCACGACACACGGAAAAUCGUGUCUGCCCUACAGGCCCUGCUGCUGCACGGUUCGCUGCCUGAGGACGAGCAGGAUGUGUCUUUGAGUCUGGACCAAGGCAGUGCUGAGCAGCAACUGGUAGUCAUCCGCAGUCGUUUGGAUCAGAGUAUGGAGGAGGCUCGGGAGCUGAAGAGGGAACUGUUACACUGUAAGCAGGAGAUGAGAAACCUGCAGGGAGUCAAGGACGCCCAGCAGCAGAGGCUGUGCACUCAGGAGGCGUCAAUACUGCAGAUGAAGCAAGAGCUCCUGAGAGCCAGCAUGACGAAGGAUGAACUCAGCAACCAGAACGCAGAGCUGCAGUGGAAGCUGGAGGAAUGUAACAGGAUGUGGGGCGAAUGCAAGAAGGAGAUUGGACAGAAGGACAGACUACUGCAGCAACUCAAACACAAGCUUGAAGAAAGCCAAAAAAAGCAGAGUGAAUUGCAGCGAGAGUUGGAGCAUAAAAACAGCACGCAGAUUCCCACCGGCACAGAAAACAAUGGAUAUUCUUACUCUGGAAAUCCAGCUCCCUCUAUGUCGGACCAGGCGGAGGAGGUUCAGCUACUCAGAGAUUCACUCAGGAGUUUGAGAAACAACUUCAGAGACCAUGACCCACAGCACCACACACUGGACACCCUGGAGCAGGGCAUAGUAUCACUCAUCGACAGACUGCAUGUUGUGCACACAAAUAGGGGAAGGGGGAAAUCUCCAAGACGCAAAGGUCAACACACAGACUCUGACACCUGGCCUUGCACAAAGGCUUAUCAGUCCAGCAGUGGUUCCUCUGCCUCCACUAAAAUCCUCUAUUUUACUGGAAAAUCCCCAACGCCUUCCAUGAUCAACAUCCCAAAAAGGCUGGGUGAGGUGACUCUCAAGGAUGUUAAGGCAGCUGUGGAUCGAGAGGGAAACUACAGGUACCACUUCAAGGCCCUGGACCCUGAGUUUGGCACUGUGAAAGAAGAGGUAUUCCUAGAUGGAGCAAUCAUUCCAGGCUGGGAAGGAAAAAUAGUUGCCUGGGUAGAAGAGGACAGUGGUGAGGAGAGACCGGUGUAGGUUCACACUGAGGAGCCAUGAACACUGCCCAGAACAGACGCACAGGAGGACACAUUUUGAGAUUCAGAGUAUUAAUGAAAUACUGUAAGACUUGUCAGCAAGAGAUUUGGGUUAGUCAACUGGCACUAAAGCGCCAAACUGAUGGUGUAAAUCUGUAACUGAUGUCUAGAUUAUCGUGAUUUACAAAGGAAAGCUGUUUCCAUCAUGUGCUUCAAAACUGGACCCUAAAGUAAACAGUAGAAACAUUAUUUUGAAUGCACUGUUUCUAAAACCACAGCAGUGGGUAGUGUAGUUGUUUCACGUGUAGAGGUCAAGUGUUCAGUGUUUAGCAUCAUUUUUCCUUUCUUGUGCAGCAAAGAUCUGUGUUGUCCAGUGUUCUUUAGCAGAGGUGCUUUUCAGUCUCCUCUGCCACAGCAAGAAAGAGGAAAAUAUCUGGGUUAGAAAAGAAAUGCCACUUUUAUAAAAACAAAUGUUACAUGGACAAAAGUCAGAAACACUUUGUACAAGCCGCAUUUUGUUCUACCGCUGCACAAAGUUUGUUGACAGAGCCCGACUGAUACUAGACAUUUAAGACUGAUACAGAAAAAAAAAUCCAGAUAUAGCGGUCAGUAUCUGGAAUAAUGUACAUGUGUGGACCAAUAUGACGAGGCAAAGGUACUCCGAAGAUUGCUUAAAUAUUUUUUUUAAUAAAGUGAAGUAAUAUUCUUUAAGAGUUCAAAUAAUUUAACAAAUACACUGUCCAAUUAAUUCUAGGUGACAUUGCUGACACUGUGUGACACUGCCUGCCGCAGUAUUGUAAAUUAUAGUUCAGUCUGCUGGAUAAACUUUGCAGUGACACCAGUUUAUCACAAGCAUUUUCCUGCAUUAUAUACUGAGAAAAAAAACAGUUUUUAAUGUAGGCACAUUCACUGAUACUCUGUCAUAGUAUCGUCUGACCAAUAUAUUGGUCGGGCUCUGCUUCAUUCUGACCUGCUGCUGACAAUAUACAGAAUACAGAAGACUGUGUUUUGGAUGAAUUAUGUUUGAGGUGUCCAAAUAGAAACAUCAAUUUGAAAAAAAACACAUUGUAUUUCAGACUAAUCUGUUCGACUAAAUGGGACCCACAGCAGCAUGUGUGGAAGCUGAACUGCUGUCAGUGAAUAAAAUAGGACUGACGCUGGAACUUCGAUGUAGAAAUGCAUAUCACGGCACUGUUACUUUGUUUACUUUGUGAAGUUGUUUUGUACAUUUGUGUAAAAUAUUUUCACCAUAUCCUUAAAUGUCGAUUUUUAUGUCUCUUAAUUUGUUUAAAGAGAGAUUCUGCUCCUGUUCGAACAAUGCUGUGGAUGUGAAUUCAACAAUUUAUAAUGAUGGUGUGUGUGUGUGUGUGUGUGUGUGUGUAUGAGUGAGACAGAGAUCAGGAUGGACCUUAGACUUGUAAAUGCCAGAAGAACAGUGGUUAGAGCUUCUCUACCUGAUGCAGUAAAGUGCUUAGCUCUCAGUGUUAGGACAUCUUUUGGACCUCAUAUCUGUAGAAGAAGCGUCGACUGAAACUGGCUCACACACUUUUGUUUGUUUUUUUUUCACUCUGCUUUUAUUUUCUGAUUUGAGGUCAAUGUGUUUGCCUUCACUAACAAGCCAACAGAAAUAUGCAUCAGUCUAAUUUUAACGUUUUAAUGACUCAUUUGAAUGCCAUAACUGCCUGUGAAAUAUCCAGUUUGUUGGUGAGAUGGCUAUUUAGCAAUGUUUUGUUAAGUUUACAGAAAGUUUUACAAAAUAUGGAGACUGUUUUAAAAAUAAAAAUGGCCUUUGUUGAAUGCAAGAAAAUCAUAUUUUGAAAUAAAACCUGAGUUUUGUUUUUAAAAAGAUGUCAUUUGUACAGUUUUUACUGCAUUCACAUUUUCA